AGACGGGCGGGGCUCGAGGGCCGCUCCCGGGACUGACUCGGUGGACCACGGCCUUGGUCGCCGGCUUCUCCAAGGGCGCUUGCAGGACUCUGGAGGGGGCAUCUUGGAGCUUGAGCCGCUGGGGCUGCCUCCACCGUACAUCUUGGAGACUUGCCUUUUGAGAAGAGUGGCGGAGGGAACGACGGAGAAGACUUCUUCCGAACCGGGGUUCAAUCGCCCCUGGGCCCCUCCUCCCAGCGCUCCGGGGUGCUCGGCAAAUGCAAGCUGCUCGCCUGCACAGCUGCCCUGGGACACGGGCCUCACCGCCUCCCGGAAGCCCGCACCUCCGAGCACUCCUGGUCCUCGCGAUGGGACCGAGCGUGAGGGCCUGGGCUGGAGGAGCAGGGGCUGCAGCCUCGGUUCCAGCAGAACUGACCGCCGGAACCGCUGCCCCUGCGGUUCAUCCGUUCUUCCCUGAUUCCCUAGGCAGAGCUGGGGCCCUGGUCCGGAGACAGGCAGAGGAGAAUCAUCUGCAGGGCAUGUUCUCUGAGUACCUGCAGACAGUGAUCGACACUGGCAAGGAGCUGGUGGAGAAGGUCAAGGGCACAGAGGUCCAGACCCAGGCCAGGGCUUACUUGGAGAAGACACAGGAGCGGCUGACACCCCUGAUGAAGAAGGCUGGUACUGAUCUGAUGAGCUUGUUCAGUUACUUCAUGGAAUUGCCGUCACAGUCAGACGCCCAACCAACUCCGGCUGGCCCCUAGAACACCCUCCGGCCAGGCCUCCAGCCCCUCUCCCUCCCCACUCCUUGUUUCUACAAUGAAUGGUCAAGAAGUCUGUGGUGA